AUGCGGCAGGGGGCGCCAUCGCGGCUCUUUUCACUCGCGCGCCAGGAGGCAGCGUGGCAGGCUUUGGCGCCGGAGCCGGUGUAUUAUGUCAUUAUAACUAUUGAAGAUGACAGUGAUGCUGAUGAUGACGUUGAUAUUGUGAUAAUAGAAGAGUCUGAUACAGAGGAUACUGAGAACACAUUUUCCACUGAUGAGAUAUUGACUGUAGAAACAGAUUUUCAAGAUGACAGUGAUAACUCUCAGCAACCAUCCCACUUGUCAUAUGAAGUUGAAGAUUUAGUAGUCCUAGGUGACCAAGCAGUUUCACAAAUGAACCAUCUGGCAACUUUAAAAAGAUAUAGCCCCAACUCAGCAGAAAUGGAGUUUAUCCCAUUGCCUAAAAAAGGGCGAUUGUCUGUUCCUGGAGAGGAUAACAUGCAAAGCCCCAGCCCUCCGCAGCUGGGAAGCAGAGGGGACGGCCUGUGCUGGGGAGCGGGCCGCCCCUGCCUGGUGAUCCUCCGACAACCCCCAUCCUUGCCUCUCACUUCGUGGGGGAAGAGGAGGGCCUGGAGAAGAAAUGCCCUCCAAGUCCCGACUCCUCUCCCCACUGGGGCCAACAAACGUGCCUGGAUCCAGCUCUCUGCCGACCUCUCUCCCGACCCUUUGAAUGGGAAAGACAUUUCCUUCUUUGAAAAGCCCACUAUGACCGACAGCCUGGAUUGGGGAGAUUGUAGCCCAUCUUUGCCAGAACAAAGGCAGGAAAGCGGUGACGGGACCAACCCUGUAGGACCAUCUCUUCAGUCAGCAGCACUCCCUGAACUGCAGCAGCCAGUCCUCAUGGAGAGUCCACCGCUUCCCAGAAUUGUCUCCACAUUUUCAUUACAGCCGUGCACCACACCAAGCAGCCCCUUUCCUGUUCUUGCUAUCCCAUCCUACUUUUUCAGUGAAGGUACUGAAAGUACCAACGGUGUUAUCUCAUCUGCCGAGGCUGCCCCAGCUGUACCUGCAGCAGUUCUGCCACAAGGAGAACCCAGUCUGGCAGACACUGCUGGGACGAUGAACUAUUCAACUAUAAUGGAAAAUAACAGCGUGGGUGCAGACACUGCCUUGCCAUCACUCUGUAUCCCUCCCAAUUUUGAAAUGCCAGGAAAAGCAGCAACCGGCCUUGGAAACAGUACUAAAUCAAUGCAUUACCCGACUUUCUUGGGAAGUGACAGUGGCCAAGAUACUAUCUCUUCAUCUGUCUUCAGCCCUCCCAAUUUUGCUGAAAAAUUCAUCCUUAUAGAAAUGCCAGGAAAAGCAGAAACCACGGACACCAGCAUGGAAAACAGCUCUCAGACAAUGUAUUACCCAGCUUUGGUGGGAAAUGGCAGUGGCCCAGAUGCUGCCUCUUCACGUCUCUCCAUUCCUCCCAAUUUUGAAAUGUUCCUCAAAGCAGAAACCAGCAUGGAAAAUAAUCCUCAGAUGAUGAAUUACCCACCUUUCUUGGAAGAUGGCUGUGCUCAAGAAACUUCAUAUUUCUUCAUCCCUCCCGGUUUUGAAUCCAGCACAGAAAUGAAAUCUGAGACAACAAAUUACCCAACCGUAAUGGAAAAUGACAGUGGCCAAGAUAUUGAUUCAGAAACUUUCUUUCUUACUCAUGGUUUUGCACUUUUACCUAUAGAAAUAUUGGUGAAAGCAGAAAACUGUGUGGAAAAUGACCCUGAAACAAUGAACGACUCAACGGUAUUGGAAAAUGUCAAUAGCCAAGACUCUUCCUCGUCAUCCUUCUGCAUCCCUUCCAACUUUGGAUAUCUUGGUGAUCCCAAAAGAAACGUCAGGAUGCUUGAUAUUCAUUUGAUGACCACACAAAAGAAGGCCACACCUAAGCAUGCAGCUUGCUACUUGAUUAGUAUUUUGUUCUCCAAGGAAAUGCUGAUGUCCAGCUCUGUAGGUGUCACGUCUCAAGGCCGCCAACCUCUGGAUCCAAACAAAAUGGCUGCCAUAAGGGAACAUCUGGCAGCAAUUUUUCCCAACCAUGAUUUGCGUGAAUGUGGAAAAGACUGGCAAGCCUGUAUUUCUGAUAUCAAUUCUCUGAUCGGCCAUUUAUGUUCUGAAGCCAAAAGAACACCCGCGUCAGAAGAGAGGCAGCAUCUGCCAAGUGCAUGCUGUGUACUUGAUUGGGAGAGGGAUAGGUCCUCACCACUCAAAGAGGGUCCUGGACCUGCAGCAGCAGCAGCAGCAGCAGCACUGGACGCUUAUUACACUCUUGUGUUUCGGCAGAAAACUGUUGACAACAAUAAAGAGCCUCCCAAUCGUGAUGCACCAAAGUGUGCAGAUUCACAUGAUAAAAGGGAUGGUGAUGGUGGUUCCCAAUUACCUCGGCGAGCAGCCUUCUCAGAAACAGGAGAAAAUGAGAAUUCUCAGCAGAACAGCAGUGUUCUUCCUGAAGAAAUUAAGGAACUUUCCACUAAUAAUUCAACAGUCUCUUAUGAAACACUGGAAUAUUUUGGAAAUCCAUGGAGAAAUAUAUGGAUGCCAAAAUCGGUCCUGAACACAGCAAAAAAGAAGUCUCGCCCAGAGCUGUCAGCCAGAUAUCUUAUUCAAAACCUGUUCACAGAGGAAGUCCUAAUAAAAUGUAACAUCUUCGGCAGUCUGGGGAGGGGCACGUGUGCCUGUAGCGCCAAUAAGAUUAACGCUCUCCGAGAGUUUCUCCAAGACAUCUACCCGACUUGUGAUCUAUCAGAAACUGGAUAUGACUGGAAAUUGUGUGUGACAGCUAUCAAUAGUUGUAUUCGUAGUCUCAGAUAUGACUUCAAGAAGUCCACAUCUAAAUCACAGCCGCCUCCAGCAGCGACCCUUUCAACAGAAUCAGAGCCAAGAGAUACUGACCUAGCUGACUGA